AUCGAGAAUUUGUGAAUCAUGAUGCGAGGCACAAGCACCAGAUGUGCGGAGGAGAUUCAGCAAGCUCUUGAGCGUUCGGUAUAUUUUUGAUGCAUGGAUAUAAAUCUCCUGCCACUUUUUUAAAUCCUUUCUUCCAAAUUGGUUUACCUCCUUCGGUUCAAAGAGAGAGAGAGACGAAGAACCCGGAGAAAGCAAAGCGGAAACAUCAAAACUCAAAAGAGGAUUAGAGGGGGAGGGUACACCUGUACAUAAAUACUGAACAGGGUUUGCGAACAGCAAACCAUUGCUAGCAUGUGAAGGACCUCUCAGUCCAGGUUUUCUCGAGUUUUAUCUGCAAAUUCAUCGAAUGGCUUUUCUCGGUUCUAGCAUUCCAAGCGAGGUUGGGUUGCGGUUGCUCCUUUGCCCACUGAGUUCUAAUGUUGUCAUCAGAACGGCUUGCUGUUCUGUGGGUGUUGUUUUACCUGUAUACUCUACAUUCAAGGCUAUUGAGAAGAAAGAUCAGAAUGAGCAACAGAGGUGGCUAUUAUACUGGGCAGCAUAUGGAUCUUUCAGCCUUGCAGAAAUUUUUGCAGACAAAAUUAUUUCCUGGUUUCCAUUGUACUACCACAUGAAGUUUGCAUUUCUUGUUUGGCUUCAAUUACCAUAUUCCAAUGGGGCAAGGCAUUUGUAUGCGAACCAUCUACGCCCAUUCCUCUUGAGACGUCAGGCUAUAUUUGAUUAUGUAGUGGAUUUUACAUAUGGAGAAAUGGCCAAAUUCUUUAGUGCACACCAAGCAGAAUUCCAGUUUAUGAGGACAUUUCUCAUAAAGUUUAUGGGAUCAGCAAAUCAAGUGGUGAAGUGCAUUGUUCACCCAGUGGAGCCACAAGGUGAGAGCACAAUUGAGGGCCCCACGGGACAAAUCCAAGAUGCAGACUCAGGAGACAACGAUUGAUUGAUUCUCCUUUCCUUACGCUGGUGACGUAGAUAAUUGAAGUUUCCAUCUCCAAUGCCAAAUCAAGGAGUCCGUUUUGACAAAUUAAUCUACAGAUGUAAAGGUUUUCUCACUUUCUAGCUUUUGUAUAUGCAUGCCAUUUGCUCUAGCAAGAUAACAUCUAUUUGUCCAGCAUUACUUGUUAUCCUAUGGCAAACUUCAGUCCUGGCUUGCUUUGAAUGCGGUGCAGGUUCCGUUGUUAGGUUGCCUUUGUUUGGGUUGUGUUAUAUUUGUUUAACAACCCUCAGGCAAGGUUCUAAAUAUCGACACGGGCGUAUUGGCCUGUGCCGGUGCUUAUUUUUAUGUUUUUUUUUUUUUUUAAACCGGUUCAGAGGGGUCGGUUUAAGUCUUGGCUAUCCUCUGAACUAUGGUUUGACCCGAUACAACCCCUAUAAGGGCAUAUCGGGAAAUUCCUUGUAUAGUACGUAUCAAUUGAUACGGGCUAAUACGUAUCGAUAUUUUGAAUUGCCCUCAA